GGAUGAUGAUAAUGGUGAGAUUGGGUUUGGGGCAACAGUGUCAUCCUGAGGCACUAUCAUGGAAGUGGAAGCCACGAGUUACCAUGGAGAGUUGCACUCUCACCAAACAAGGGCAACGCUUUCUGACAAAGCUGGCCACCACCUCCUCCGCCACCGACAACUUGAUUCGAAGAUUCGUACAAGGUUCAUCCAAAUCCGUUUCUCUCACCACUCUCUCCCACCUUCUCUCUCCUGCUACCUCCCACCCACAACUCUCAUCUCUUGCCCUCCCACUUUAUGCAAGAAUCAGCCAAGCACCUUGGUUCAGUUGGAACCCUUCCAUUGUGGCUGAUCUGGCUGCGCUUCUUCAUAAACAGGGACGCUACGAUGAAGCUGAAUCUCUCAUUUCUGAGGCCACUUCCAAGUUAGAAUCUCGCAAGCGAGACCUUGUUCUUUUCUACGGUAAACUCGUUGACUCACACUCCAAGCGAGGUUCAGAAAGAGGGUUUGAUGUUGCUUAUUGUUACCUGAACCAGCUUCUUUGCACUUCAUCCUCUGUUUAUAUUAAACGUAGGGCUUAUGAGUAUAUGGUGAGUGGCUUGUGUGCAAUGAAUAGGCCUCGUGAGGCUGAGCAUUUGGUUGGAGAUUUGAGAGAUAAUGGAGGGCUUCAGCCUUCGGCUUUUGAGUUGAAAUCUAUUAUUUAUGGGUAUGGAAGAUUGGGUUUGUUUCAAGAUUUGCAGAGAGUUGUGGAUCAAAUGGAGAAAAGUGGGUUCGUUAUUGAUACUGUUUGUUCCAGCAUGGUUCUUUCAGCUUUUGGCAUUCAUGGGAAGCAUGUGGAAAUGGUUUCUUGGCUUCAGAGGAUGAGGAAUUCGGGCGUUCCCUUCUCAAUCAGAACCUACAAUUCUGUAUCAAAUUCUUGCCCAACGAUCAUGAGGAUGAUGAUGGAGUUGCAUGACUUCCCAUUGUCAAUUGAAGAGUUGAUUGGUAGCUUGGAAGGAGGGGAGGGUAUGGUAGUUAGGGAGUUACUAGUGUCUUCUGUGAUUUUGGAAGAGGUAAUGGUGUGGGGUUCUUCGGAGGCAAAAUUGGAUUUGCAUGGAUUUCACUUGGGAUCAUCCUAUUUAAUUAUGUUACUUUGGUUGGAGGAGAUGCAACGAAGGUUGAAUGAUUCAAAUUGUGGAAUUACUGCAGAAAUUACAGUUGUUUGUGGGUCAGGAAAGCAUAGCAUUGUUAGAGGAGAAUCACCAGUCAAAGCCUUGGUUAAAGCGAUGAUGGUGAAUAUGAGAGGUCCACUGAGGAUUGAUAGGAAGAACAAUGGAUGCUUUGUUGCCAAAGGUAAAGCUGUGAAAAACUGGUUAUGUGAAUUGAGGAAGCCAUGACUGUACACCAAUAAAAUAUGCCUCUAAGGGAUUGUCUUAAGACAGCUUUUACCCCAAACAUUGCUAAUGGUAUGACCAAGAGAGUUUCAGGGGUGCUUACUAUUAGUAUUCGUUGAAAUUCAAUGGCUUUGCUGUUCUUCAACAUGUAUUAGCAAAAAUUCCUCUAUCAGAGGAAUAAAUAGGUAAUUAAAAUAACUUGAACAAUUGCAAUGUUGUGAUCCACCAUUCUUGUUAGGCAAAGUGUCAAUAAAAACUGGUUAUGUGUACUGAGGAAGC